AUCAAACACCUCCACCCCAAACAACCACCAAUUCUUCCAUGGCCUUAUCCACUCCCUCAACCGCCAUCACCACUCCACACCACCUCCCAAAACUCUCCCACUCCCACUCCCACUCCCACUCCGUCAUAACUUUUCCGGCCAAACUCACCACCACCACCACCACCACCACAACAACCACCAACCACCACUUGAUCUCACACAAUUCCAAAUGGAGGACCAGCGUUUCUUUCUUCACAGGUUUCUUGAACAAGCCCAAAAACGUGGAAUCCAUCAAACAAGAGCUUCUUGACGCCAUUGCUCCUCUCGAUCGUGGUGCUGAAGCUUCUCCAGAGGACCAACAAUCAAUUGAACAGAUAGUUCGAAAACUUGAAGCAGCGAAUCCGACCAAGGAGCCGCUCAAGUCGCCGUUACUAGACGGAAAAUGGGAGCUCUUAUACACCACUUCGCAGUCGAUUCUACAAACCAAGCGACCCAAGCUCCUUCGGUCGCGGGUAAACUACCAAGCGAUCAAUGCCGACACACUUAGAGCUCAAAAUAUGGAAUCAUUUCCGACCUUCAAUCAGGUAACUGCGGACCUAACGCCAUUGAACGCCAAAAAGGUGGCAGUGAAAUUUGAUUACUUCAAGAUUGCAGGAUUGAUACCGGUUAAAGCACCGGAUACAGCUCGAGGUUCACUUGAAAUAACAUACUUGGAUGAAGGAUUGAGGGUCUCGAGAGGCGAUAAGGGAAACUUGUUCAUCUUAAGGAUGAUCGAUCCUUCUUAUCGAGUCCCCGUAUAAUAAAACGGUGGCACGGAGAUGGUUUUCUUGGAAGAUAUACAACUUCGUGUUUAAGUUAAACAACUCUUGAGUUGAUCCAUCAAUUUUCCCACCACCCGACACACAUACAUAUAUAUGUUUUGUACUAUUACUCAAUGAUAUUGAACAAUUUAAAUUCAUAUGAGAAGAAGAAAUAUCGAAUAUUUGAUAUCU